AUGUCUUUCCAACCAACCCAAAUUUUUGAGGAGGGCACUACUGAGGAAAAGGGUGAGAAUGCUCGUCUCUCUGCCUUUGUCGGUGCCAUCGCCGUCGGUGACCUCGUAAAGAGCACCCUUGGUCCUAAGGGUAUGGACAAGAUUCUCCAGUCAGCCUCCACCGCCGAAAUCAUGGUUACCAACGACGGUGCCACAAUCCUCAAGUCGAUCGCCCUCGAUAACGCCGCCGCAAAGGUUCUGGUCAACAUUUCGAAGGUCCAAGAUGACGAAGUCGGUGACGGUACCACCUCCGUUGCUGUUCUCGCUGCCGAGCUAUUGAGAGAGGCGGAGAAGCUGGUCGACAAGAAGAUCCACCCCCAGACUAUCAUUGAGGGCUACCGGAUAGCCAGCCAGGCUGCGCUGAAGGCGUUGGAAGGAUCGGCCGUUGAUCACAGCAAGAACCCUGAGGCCUUCCGACAAGAUCUGCUCGCCAUUGCCCGAACAACACUCAGCUCCAAGGUCCUGGCCCAGGACCGCAAACAGUUCGCCGAAUUGGCUGUUGAUGCCGUCCUCCGACUCAAGACAUCCGACCUCAACCACAUCCGAAUCAUCAAGAAGGCCGGAGGCAAACUCAGUGACUCCUACCUCGACGAAGGUUUCAUUCUCGAUAAGAAGAUUGGUGUCAACCAGCCCAAGCGACUAGAGAAGGCCAAGAUUCUGGUGGCCAACACCUCCAUGGACACCGACAAGGUCAAGAUCUUUGGUGCCCGUGUCAAGGUUGGCUCAACAAGCAAGCUUGCUGAGCUUGAGAAGGCCGAGAAGGAGAAGAUGAAGGCCAAGGUUGAGAAGAUCAAGGCACAUGGCAUCAACUGCUUCAUCAACCGACAGCUAAUUUACAACUGGCCUGAGCAGCUGUUCACUGAUGCCGGCAUCAUGUCAAUUGAGCAUGCUGACUUCGACGGUAUUGAGCGUCUUGCCCUGGUCACAGGCGGUGAGAUUGCCUCGACCUUUGACCACCCCGAUCAAGUCAAGCUUGGCCACUGCGACGUUAUCGAGGAGGUUAUUAUUGGAGAAGAUACUCUCAUCAAGUUUUCUGGUGUGGCUGGUGGUGAAGCUUGCACAAUUGUCCUUCGAGGUGCCACAGAACAGCUCCUUGAUGAGGCCGAGCGAAGUCUGCACGAUGCCCUUGCUGUUCUGUCACAGACUGUCAAGGAACCCCGAACCACCCUUGGCGGUGGUUGUGCCGAGAUGCUUAUGGCCAAGGCGGUUGAGGGCGCUGCUACCCGGGUUGAGGGUAAGCGACAACUGGCUGUCUCCAGCUUUGCCAUCGCUCUUCGACAACUUCCCACUAUCCUUGCCGACAAUGCUGGUCUCGACUCUGGUGACCUUGUUGCCAGAUUACGCAAGGCUCUCUACGAUGGUCUUACCACUUACGGCCUGGACCUGAUGACCCCUGGUGGUGGUAUUACUGAUAUGCGAGAUCUCGGCGUUAUCGAGAGUUACAAGUUGAAGAAGGCUGUGGUGUCUUCGGCCAGCGAAGCCGCAGAGCUCCUUCUUCGAGUGGACGAUAUCAUCCGGGCAGCUCCUCGUCGACGAGAGCGCAUGUAA